GAUUCAACAGAUGGCACCUUCGGCUCCUUGUCGCGCCGCGCUCUUGGCGGAUUGAUUGGGCCUCCGAGAGCUGCGGGGCCGGAGGAAUGGCCUCCUGCUGCUGAGAAUCAGCUGCUGCUGCGCCAGCUUCCUCCCCGACUCCGACUUUCACUCCCACUUGUGCUGCUGGACGUAGACGAGAAGGCGACACGACGAGGAAAAGGAGGAGGAGGAGGAGGAGGAGCAGCAGCAGGAAAGGGAGAAAUUUGGACAGAAGAGUCGUCUCCUUCUGGACCGGGUCCGGAAGCGUGGACGCGACUCGUUUGGUCGGAUUGGUUGGCGUGAGGUGAGGUGAGUCGAGUCGAGGUGAGGUUGGGGAGGCAUCACUGUGUGCAAGAUUGUGCCUCGAAAAGCCGGGCGUGAGUGAAAUCACGCGGUCGUUGCGUAAUCACGAGGAUUGCGCCGUUCUUCUCUUCUUUCGAGCAAGAUCGUGCCUCAGACGUGCAGCUCUGCUUCGAAGCCUCCAUCUCCAUCUCUCUCUUUCUCUUUCUCUCUCUCCUUCUCGUUCUCUGGGAGCCUGUGGAUUUGAAUCUGUGCACCGCUCGUGCGCGCAGCGGAGCCGAGCUCUGGAAAUGUAGGUUGCAGUUUCGGCGCGAGAGUGACAGAAGGACGAGAUUUGGUGGGGGAUGAUCUGAUUUCGAGACCAUGAAGGAGCGGAAUGGAAGCGCCGGGGAAGCAGGAGUGAGAGGAUUUGCGGCCGAGGGCGACGAAAUUGAUAUUGGAAUUGGGAGUGGGAUUGAGGAUGGGGAGGAGGAGGAAGAGCGAGUGGCUGCGGGAGGGGUAUGGUGCGGGCGGGAGAGGCAGAAGAUUGAUUUCGUUGAGGACAAGAUGAUGCUGCUGGGAGGAGGAAGAGGAGCAGGAGGAGGAGCAGCAGCAGCAGCAGCGGAAGGGAUGGACGCGGCGGCGCUGGAGAAGCUGAAGCGCGAGGUGUCGGAGUACACGUCCAUGCUUCUGUCGCGGCCGAGAUUGCCAUAUCCUCCGCCUCUGUGCUCCAUCUGCCAGCACGGGGCUCCGCUGGUGGGCAGACCUCCGAGGAAGUACUCCUACAAGGAGCUGAAUCGCGCCACGGGCAAUUUCUCGGCUGCGAAUUUUCUCGGAGAGGGAGGAUUCGGGGCCGUCCAUCGAGGAGUGCUCCCCGAUGGCCAAUCCAUCGCCGUCAAGCAGUACAAGCUGGCCAGCACGCAGGGCGACAUGGAAUUUUGCGCCGAGGUGGAGGUGCUGAACUGCGCUCAGCACCGGAACGUGGUCGCCUUGAUCGGCUUUUGCAUGGAGGAGAACAGGCGAUUGCUGGUGUACGAGUUCGUGUGCAAUGGGUCGCUCAAUUCACAUCUCCGGGGCCAAGAUCGGGCACCGCUCGAGUGGCAAUCGAGGCAUAAAAUUGCCGUCGGUGCCGCCCGAGGCUUGAGGUACUUGCACGAGGAGUGCCGCGUGGGGUGCAUAGUGCAUCGAGACAUGAGGCCGCACAACAUCCUUCUGACGCACGAUUUCGAACCCAUGGUGGGGGAUUUCGGGCUGGCGAGAUCGCAUCUCACGGGGGAUUUCGGGAUUGAGAAGCACGUCCAUGGAUCCUUCGGGUACCUGGCCCCAGAGUACGCACGAAUCGGGCAGAUCACCGAGAAGGCAGACAUCUACUCGUUCGGCGUGGUUCUGCUGGAGCUCGUCACGGGGCGCAAGGCCGUGGACAUAUCGAGGCUCAAGGGCCAGCAGUGCCUGACGGAGUGGGCUCGCCCUCUGCUCGAGCAACCCAGCAGCUACAAGCUGCUCGAUCCCUGCCUGAAGAAUCGAGUGGCUGAUCACGAGGUGUACAGCAUGAUGCACGCAGCUUCGCUCUGCAUACGCAGAGAUCCGCAAGCGAGGCCCAAAAUCUCGCAGGUGCUGAGAAUUCUCGAGGGCGACAACAGCCGCAUGCAGAUGGUGGGCCUGCCAUUCCAGUUCUGCAGCAUCGCCUACUCGCAUAUCCCCUUCGGGGGCGGCGGGGUCUUCCAUCCUGACGAGCGUCCAGAUUUCUCCACCUUCCAGCGAACCCAGCAGCGCUCCAAGUACGAAUCCGACAGCCUCGAUUCGAAUUACGAGAUUCCUCGAUAGAAUUGGCAUGAGGCGGCGGCCAGCAGUGCACCGCAGGAGAACGAGUCGAGUCGAGGUUGCGAGGCCUCGUUGACUCCCUGCCGCGAGCGCAGCAUGUACAUUUUCUAGGUAGGCCACACUUGUCCUCACACAUGUCGUCCUGAGAGUACCACGUCGAGGAGGAGAAGCUCUCAGGAUCCGGAUGGCCCUUGCAGGGGUGCAUCACGUUUACCGAGAACACCACAUACUGGAUUUUGAUUUUACCUCCGGGUCAGGGUCCAGUAUGAAAUGUUCUCGCUCGAAUCGUACCGCAGGCACCCACAAAUUCUGACUGAGCUUGUCCGGAUUUCGGAGCGCGUGUCUGGCUAUGAAGAGUGUUCUGGGAUCUGAUUGAGUCUCGUGGUUCGAGGGGUGUUAGUACACAUAGGUUUGGAAUCGUCAGAUUUUUGUUUUGAUGGGUAGCCCUCUUCCAAUAGACAUCUGCAGCAGAUGCUUAAAGGUUGUGGAUAGUUCGGUCAGCUACCCACUAGAUGUACACAAACAUUUACAGGAGUCUUUAAUUUCCCUGUGAUCAAGGGGAAGAGAUUGUGCACUACAGACUUUUCAGUUUAUACCAAUUCAACCGAUUUCCGUUCCGCCUCCGAGUUAGCCGAGUGCCGGAAUAGGGGAGUUAUGACAAAACGUUUGUCAUCGUU